AUGUCUAAAAAUAUUGAAAAUGUUCGUCCAAAAGUUCUUCAAAUCCCAAGUGGUUCAGGAGAACUUGACAGAAUACAAAGAAUUAUUAAAACUCUAAGUGCCGAUAAGAAAAAAUUACAAGAAGAAAUAGAACUUUUAAAAUCGAACAACCCUCUUUACGAAGAAACUUUAAAAACUCUUAACUCGAAUAUUAAUACUACUAUAAGUAUGUUUAACGUAAAAUUUAAUAUUAAUGAUCCAAUUGAAAAAAGAAUGGAACAAAUC